CUGUGACGCAUUCUUCACACGACACACGACAGUUUUCUUCGUUCUUCAAAAAACCGACUGUCGAUAACCUGAGGCGUAGAACACCUACCAAGAUUGAGCUGAAGAAGUGGAGAUAUGUCAGUCGAGAUACAGCCACCCUUAGAGCCAGCACCAUCGACACUUACUGUCCAGUCUGCCAGCACGACACACAGUUGCCCGUCAUGUGGCACAACCUUCGCUGUUGAUAUUGAGGGCGCGGAAGAGGCGAAGAGAACUAUCAGAGAGCUGCAAGCGCAGAUGGGGUUGCUCAGGGAAAAGGCCGCAGCUGCAGUGGACAAGUGUGCCGACUACGAAGAUCAGAUUCGCACCCUGAAGAUGGCGCCGCUGAGCAAUAAUAAGCCAGCACGCAACAACACAUCGGACUCAGUCGAUACCUCCUCCCCAGACGGGCAUCCAUCGACAGCAACCUCAGCUCACGCCAGGACGCAAUCCCGCUUUUCGUUCCUUACUGGUAGAUUGGCCUCGCCUGUGAACUCGACGAACGCGCCGCCCCUGCCUGCUCCAACGCCCAAACCAUUAGCAGAUCCCAAUUUACUCCAUGAACUCGAACGCGAGCGUGCACUUCGAGCGAAAGCGGAGGACAGGGUGCGCACCGUUGACUCGGAAAUUGAGGAGCUCAGUGUCACUCUAUUCUCUCAGGCCAACGAAAUGGUGGCCGAGGAGCGUAGAGCAAGAGCAAAGCUUGAAGAGCGGAUAGAACUGCUUGAGAAGAAGGACAAGGACAAGAUGGCACGGCUGGACCGUCUGGAGAAAGCAGUCAGCCGGCUUGACCGCGUCAACGCUCUGCUGAACAAGGAGGAAACACCGGGCACUGCGAACCCAAAUCUUGCUUCACAGCCGAGACGAUGAGACAUCGUCAGAACGACUACUACAUUGAGCGCAGCGAGGCAACUGACUGCCGGACAGCCCACCAGCCUCUGAGCGCUCUUUUUCUCCAACAUGUUUUUAUUUUCCCGCGACUUUCCUUUGAG